GCGUCGCGUUCUUAUCCUCCCGCCCACCCCGGGCCACGCCCAGCUCCGUCCCCCCCAUUUAUACCUGCCCGUCCGUCUCCCAAGCCCACGCCGUGUCAGAGCCACGCUGCUGCUUCAGCUCUCUCUAUCCAUCUCUCCCCGUCUGCUCGGAUCGUUGCUCGCUUUUCGUCUGGUCCGAUCGGGGUUCGGACUCCGGCGAGUCGGGAGAUUUGGGGCCAUGGAGGCGUACUUCCUCUUCCGCGGCGGGAGGCCGGAGGCCGCCGCGUGCGAGGAGCAGGAGGAGGACAUCGGAUCGCCGUCCACGUCGUCGGGGGUGUCGUCCUCGGGGUUCUCGUCGGAGCUCGACGACGACGCCUCGAGCUCCUCCUCGGGCUCUGGGUCGGGCCGCUUCGAGAUGUCCGGCCUCAUGACGCAGCUCCCCUUCAAGCGGGGCCUGUCCAGGUUCUUCGACGGCAGGUCGCAGUCCUUCGCCUCGCUCGCCGCCGUGGGGUCGCUGGAGGACCUCGCCAAGCCGCCCCGGAAGCGCCUCAAGCCGUCCCGGAGCUGCGGAGGGGGACUCGACGCGCACCGCGGGCGGCUCCUCUCGCCGCGCGGGCAUUGCGCCAAGCCCGCCGCCGCCGCAGCGGCCGGCGCCAGGAAGGCGGCUGUGAGGACCGGCGCGCUCGCGGUGCUCGCGGCCGCCGCGCCGAGAAGGCCGCCGCUGGCCGCGGCGCCCAGACCCGAGGGCGUGGCCGGCAACGUUCUGGUCGUUAGUUGAGGGGUUCAUCGGACUUUGCCUUUGCCUGCGCUUCACAUGAUUGGGCGCAGGCCCACAGCUGCGCGGCGCCGGCGCGCCGCAUCCACCACCUGCCGGAACUGACAGCUAGGGCAGGCAAUGACAUGUUCGUUGUUUCCCAAUGCGUUCGUGAGUUUUUGUAAUGUAAAUUCACGGUUGAAUUAGAAUGGCUACUUCAAAUGGCAAUUUGCAUGUCUUGAGCAUGAAACAAUUCAGAAUCCAACGCAUUUUCAUCGUACUGAAA